UCUCUCUCGUCCUGUCGUCGGCUCUUCAGUUUUGACUUGGCAGCGGCUAGCUGUCAAUUAUACAAGCUAGCGCCGGCACACCUUAGUGGCAAAUCUUUAUCAGUGUCGGACUCGUCCUGGCAUUCCCUGGGCUCAUCAGUCACACGGUAAAAACAACCAUGGAUCCCGCAAUCUUCCCCGAGGAGAUCUGGAUUCAGAUCCUGCUCGAGUGCGAGGUGCCUGAUAUCAUAGCCCUUGGCAGUACCUGCAAGUACCUCAGGAAGACUGUCGACAUGGAUUACUUAUGGAAAAUGAAGUGGUUGCAACUUAUAUCCAAAGUACAAUUUAAUUUCCCAGACAUGUCGUGUCUGCAAAAUCUCACCGUAAGCUUCAAAGCCAUGUGCUAUAGACUGCACAUGAUAUUGACUCUCAAUGAUACCAAUAAGAAUACUUUUCCAAAAUGUUACAAAUGCAGUAGUUACACGUGUGAAAGAAAUUGCGUUGAAGGUUCCAGUGUUAAGGUAGUUAUAGAAAUAGGAAACAAGUACACAUGGGUUAUCAUUCCCGUGUUUGGCUUGAAAAGGCAUUUUUCCAUGCUUGGCUUUCCCAAGUACAACGGUGACCGUCACAUCGAACAGACACCUCCGCCUCCUCCGACAACUCAAAAUCCCCUGCAAAAAUUUUCCGGCUGUAGCAACAGUAGAAGAAAAUCAGAGAGCAAGUUUGUCACGAAAAAGACUAUUGUCAAGCUAUUGAAACUUGCAGAGCCAGAAGCUACCAAGGUUCCACCUAGAAGUGGACCAUUUUGUGUAUUUUGCAAUUCGGUUCAAUUGUACAGAGAAAAAAGGAGGUGCGAACAGCAUCCCAAUGAUGCUUCAUGUUAUACUCGUUACAAUCCAAUUUAUCAGAAAUUAGUCAAUGGCUACUGUACGGAUACAGAAGAUGUGUUAGGGAUACCAAAUAUAGAUUUGUAUAAUCCAGCGGAAGCUUUGCUCAGUGAAGGAACCUUCACUGUUGUCAAAGAUUUCGUUGAUCACAUAUUUAAGCAAAUGGGUUUGACAGAAACUUUGAAGAAGCCCAAUGCUGUACUCGUAUUUUGCGAACCUCUAGCUAUUCACCCAUUACUUAGGAAACAGCUCUUACAUUAUCUGUUUCAAGAAGUAAAAAUAGCAAGAGUAUGUUUAGUUCCAAAACCGCUAGCAGCAUGUGCUAUGCUAGGUGUAGAAAAUUGCAUUGUAGUAGAUAGCGGAUCUUUAAGUACGACUGUGGCAGUCGUAGUUGAUGGUCAAGUGAUGUCGAAACGUUGGAGAUUAAUACCAGUUGGAGGCUGGCAUGUGGCAUAUUACUUGAAACAGGCGAUAUCUUGGCAGCCAAAAGAAUGUCACGAUAUUCCAAUUACUUAUUUGGAUUAUCUGGCAGUGAAAGAACGUUGCAGGCUAAGCCUCGAUAUUAGAAAGGAAGAAUUCAACAAUAGUAGAUUACACAAAGGUGGACAGAACAAAGCAGAAAAAGUAGAUAUAGAUAUCAGAGUUGAUACUUACGUGAAUUGUAAAAGAGAUUGGAGAGUAUCGUUAGGAUCGGAACGAUAUACAGCUCCGGAGUUGAUGUAUGUCAGUUUGGAUUUACCUAACGUUAUAAAAGAAGUAACAAAAGGUCUUCCGGAGGCUAUAAAAGAAGACUGCUUCUCAAACAUUCUUCUCACUGGUGGUAACACAGACUUGAAGGGAUUUGAAUUGAGAUUGAGUCAAGAUUUGAAGAAGAGUCUUUCAAAUUAUGCACAUAUUUUGGAUGUCAAAAGUUGUCCAGGCACUCAUAGUUGGAAUGUUGCAAUGGGAUCUACUUAUGUGCCUUUAGCUGUGCAUCCUGGUAAAACUACACCAGAAUAUACGAAAGGGACUCCGUUUUGGCUGUCAAGAGAAGAAUAUAUUUUAUUUGGAUGUGAAUCUUUAGUGAGCGAAGAGCAAUGAAGAGCGCUGGUCGCAUCCAUUGUUGAUAAAAUAAAAAAAUAUAAGUUUAUUGCUGCCCCUUAAGCAGUUGAAAAAAAUCCAGUGAGGAUUAAGAAAUAUCCUGGUAAACUAUAUCAAAAAAUCAACGUUACCAUCCUGCAAUAUAUUUUAUCCCGUGUUGUCUAUGAAUUCAUGGGAGUAAGAUAAGAUUUAAAAAUGUUUGAUUGAGAACCAUCUAAUAGGUAAGUGUGAUGUACCUUAUUUCCAAAAUUAGAAGAAAAUAUUCACUGUUACAUGUUACGUAUAAUCGGCCUAAAAAUGUUAAUUACAAUUUUAAAAUGUCAACAUGUUGUAAUUUCGAUGUAUGUGGAUCGGAUAUUGGUGUGGAGAUAUCAAUAUUAAAAUCCUUAUGUACAAGUGUAUUAUCAAUGUGUUACUUAAUGACGAUGUUUUGAAUGUACUUUGGAUGUAUCAUUAACAUAACUCAUUUGACGAUUUUAUUUUGAAAGACAUCAAAUUUGCAUUUUUUAAACAUUCCUAUUAGAUUUGACUUCAUAUUUUAGGCCGAUGAUAAGUAUCUAUAUACAAAGUAUUACGAAUUUUCAUCUCGAAAUUCAACAUUAUCUAAUAUCCAAUCAAACACAUAACUUUGUUUUUUAUUAAUAUUUUUUAUCACUUCACCUUCGGUCGACGAAAUUAAGCAGUGAUUUUUCAAUUAUCAAAGGGAUAUUACCUUUAAGCCGAUACAACAUUUUUAGUUUUAUCUAAAAAUUUUUUUUUUUUUUUUUUUUUUUUUUAUAC